AUGGCAUGCAUCUCGACGUACACGUCCCAUCCCGAGCUAGUACGCAUUGACAUCCCUGCGAUCGAGCUGGAGGAAGGUCCGCGAACAGUCAGGGGUCGCGCCGAUACAAACUGUGGCAAGACGGAUGAAAGCGAUAGGUGGCACGACAAACAACGUCACGCUCCACAUCACGGUGCUCUAGCGCAUACUCCGCGCGAGCUGUUAUAUAGUACCAAUACCGGCCAAGCGUUUCACCGUUCGGACACUUGGGAUCCGUCCGUAUCUGAAGUCCACUCAAUUCGAGUCAAGCUGUUCGACCCGAAGGUGCCGUUACGAUUUCUCUGCCAGAACUUGACAGGUGACGGCUCCCCUACUGAGUACCACGCGCCAUCGAGCCUCCUCCACGCGCUGGCGCUCUUCGUCUGCGCGUUCUAUAUUCACCACGCGCUCUGCCCCAAUUGUCGUGCCUCGUCCCCGUGGCAUCACUCGUCUCAGCCUGGCAUUUCUCGCACUCGCCCUGCUAGUGGCGGCGAUGCUCCUCUCCUGUGA